AUGUCGAAGCCCGAGCCCCAGUCGCACGCGCGCCGGGACCUCCUGCUCGAGAUCCAGGAGGCCUCCCAGAAGCGGUGGGAGGCGGAGCGCAUCUUCGAGGCGCACGCGCCCGUGGACGGGAACGCGCCCGAGGGGAAGUUCUACGGGAACUUCCCGUACCCGUACAUGAACGGGCUGCUCCACCUCGGCCACGCGUUCUCCCUCUCGAAGCUGGAGUUCGCCUCGGCGUACCACCGCCUGUGCGGCAAGCGCGUCCUCUUCCCCCAGGCGUUCCACUGCACCGGCAUGCCGAUCAAGGCCUGCGCCGACAAGCUGAAGAACGAGAUCGCCAAGUACGGCAACCCGCCCCAGUUCCCGGACGCCAGCGCCCCUGCGCCGCCCGCCGAGCCCGCCGGCGCCGAUGCCGGGCCCGCGGACCCCACGAAGUUCGUCGGGAAGAAAUCCAAGGCGGCGGCCAAGGCCGGGACGUCGACGACGCAGUGGGGCAUCAUGCGGUCGAUGGGUCUCGCGGACGAGGAGAUCGGGGCGUUCGCGGACCCGAACCACUGGCUGGAGUUCUUCCCGCCGCUGGCGAAGCGCGACAUGUCGCUGAUGGGGUGCGGGAUCGACUGGCGGCGGUCGUUCAUCACCACGGACGUGCAGCCGUAUUACGACUCGUUCGUGCGGUGGCAGUUCAACACGCUGCGCAAGCAGGGCCGCGUGGUCAAGGACAAGCGCCUCGCGGUGUACUCGCCGCUCGACGGGCAGCCGUGCGCCGACCACGACCGCGCGACGGGCGAGGGCGUCGGGCCGCAGGAGUACACCCUCAUCAAGAUGAAGGUCCUCGACGGCGCGCCGGGCGCGCUCGGGGAGCUCCUCGCGGGCGGGGAGGCGCCCGGGGGCGUGUUCCUCAUGGCGGCCACGCUGCGCCCGGAGACCAUGUACGGGCAGACCAACUGCUGGGUCCUGCCCGACGGGGACUACGUGGCGGUGAGGGCGCCCGGCGGCGAGGCGUGGGUGAUGUGCGAGCGCGCGGCCCGGAACCUGGCGUACCAGGACAAGCUCGGGGGGGAGUUCGGGGAGUACCACGUGCUGCGGCACUUCCGCGGGACGGACCUGUUUGGCGUGGCGCUGACGGCGCCCAACUGCACGGUCGAGAAGCUCUACUGCCUCCCGCUCCUGACGAUCUCCAUGUCGAAGGGCACGGGCGUGGUGACGAGCGUGCCGUCGGACGCGCCCGACGACUACCGCGCGCUGAUGGACCUGAAGGAGAAGCCCAAGCUGCGCGAGAAGUUUGGCAUCGCGGAGGAGUGGGUCCUGCCGUACGAGCCGAUCCCGAUCAUCGACAUCCCGGGCUUCGGCGACCUGGCGGCGGUCAAGGUGUGCACGGACCUGAAGAUCGCGAGCCAGAACGACACGGCGAAGCUGACGGAGGCCAAGGGGAUGGUGUACCUGAAGGGGUUCACGGACGGCGUGAUGACGGUCGGCGCGUACAAGGGCCGCAAGGUGAACGAGGUGAAGACCGUCAUCCGCGACGAGAUGCUCGCGGCGAACCAGGCGGUGAUGUACUCGGAGCCGGAGAAGCCCGUGGUGUCGCGGUCGGGCGACGACUGCGUGGUGGCGCUGACGGACCAGUGGUACGUGACGUACGGCGAGGAGGAGUGGCGCGCGCUCGCGGAGGGCGCGCUCGCGGGCAUGGAGCUGUACGCGGACGAGACGCGCAACAUGUUUGAGCACACGCUGGGGUGGCUGCAGCAGUGGGCGUGCAGCCGGUCGUUCGGGCUGGGCACGCGGCUCCCGUGGGACCCGGAGUACCUCAUCGAGUCGCUGUCCGACUCGACGAUCUACAUGGCGUUCUACACCGUCGCGCACAUCCUCCAGGGGGAGGGCGACAUGUACGGCAAGACCCCCGGGGCGUGCGCGCCCGAGGCGCUGACGGACGAGGUGUGGGACCACGUCCUCGGCGACGGCCCGGCGCCCGCGGACUGCGCGGUGCCCGCGGACGCGCUGGCGGCCAUGAAGCGCGAGUUCAACUUUUGGUACCCCUUCGACCUGCGGGUGUCCGGGAAGGACCUGAUCGGGAACCACCUGACGUUCGCGCUGUACAACCACGUGGCGUUCUUCCAGCGCGACAAGUGGCCGCGCGCGUACCGCUGCAACGGCCACCUCCUGCUCAACAGCGAGAAGAUGUCCAAGUCGACGGGCAACUUCAUGACGCUCCACCAGGCGAUCAAGGAGUACUCCGCGGACGCCAUGCGCAUCGCGCUCGCGGACGCGGGCGACGGCGUCGACGACGCGAACUUCGAGGAGGCCGUGGCCAACGCGGCGAUCCUGCGCCUGACCAAGGAGCUGACGUGGUACGAGGAGACGCUCGCGGGGGACCUCCGCGCGCCGGACGCGCCCUGGACCUUCGCGGACCGCAUCUUCGAGCAGUCGAUCAACCAGGCCGCCGCGGGCGCGCGCGAGGCCUUCGAGGGCAUGAACUUCAAGACGGCGCUGCGCGUGGGCUUCUACGACCUGGUGAGCGCGCGCGACAAGUACCGGCAGGCGUGCGCGACGGAGCCGAUGCGGCGCGACCUCGUCGAGCGCUUCGUCGAGGUCCAGGCGCGCCUCCUCGCGCCCAUCGCCCCGCACACGAUGGAGCACGUGUGGGGCAAGGUCCUCGGCCGCCAGGGCUCCGUGCUCACCGCGGGGUGGCCCGCGCUGCCGGAGCCCGACGUGAGCGUGCUCAUGGCGGGCGAGUACAUCGAGAAGCUCGUCGUGAACGCCCGCAGCGCCAUCCGGCGGCACGAGAACCCCAAGAAGAUCAAGGGCGCCCCGCCGCCGGUGCCGAUGGUCGCCAAGACGUGCACGGUGCACGUGGCCGCCGAGUACACCGGGUGGCGCGCGGCCGCGCUCGGCGCGCUCGCGGCGGGCUUCGAGAAGGGCCGCUUCGCGGACGGCGUCGAGCAGCGCGCGCUGGAGGCGGUCAAGGCCGCGGGGGAGGCCGAGUUCGAGGGAAAGAACGACAAGAUGGUGAUGAAGACGGUGAUGCCGUUCGCGAAGUUCAAGAUGGCCGCGGCGGCCGCGGGGGGGCGCGUCGCGCUGGACCUGCGCACGCCGUACAGCGAGCGGCAGGCCAUCGAGGACAACAGGGUGUUUCUGCUGCAGGCGCUGGGGCUCGAGGACAUCGCGGUGGUGGACGCCGGCGCGGACGCGGCGGAGGCCGAGCCCGGGACGCCCGCGCUGCGGUUCGACGGCGUGCCCAAGCAGUGA